CCGAUACACCGAGAAAAGCGGGACCCAAGCACUCACCGAAACAAAAACCAACGACGUCAUGCCGUCCGCUCCGAGACCACGGCCCCGAAAACUCGGCACCAGCGCUGACGACAAGGGGGUCCGAAUCUCGAAUCCUUCCGGCCACCAUCCAACGUCCUCCCACUGCGAAUACAGUCACAACAGGGAAUUUUCUCUUGGACGACUCGUGGUAUCAAAGUUAUCUGGAUCCGAGACUGAUCUUGACGAUUGUAUUACAAAUCUCAAACCCCGAGUCUUGACAAAAACCUCACAAUCUCACCUCAUUCAUCACCCACAAUCCAAACGUCCACGCCUUUCCCCCCCGGAGAAGAACUCACCAAAAAUGCCUCCAAAGGCCCCCAAGCCAAACGGCACCUUCACUUACUGCGUCGGCUCCAACCCGCCCUUCACCCCCGAAGAAUACGCAAGCGACCCAACCCGCCGCCAACGCGCCCUCGACCACCUGGCCAAGAACGACCUCUACGCCGCCACCGUCGUCACCUUUAACCUCCCCGAGCGCGACACCUACGUCUACCACGCCAUGACGGCCGUCCGCCUCGCCGAGGUCCAGCGCGUCGUCAGCAUGGGCGGCGUCAACGGGUUGCAUGCGUGGUAUCGCGACGAGGAGGGGAAGCCGCUCGACCCUCCACCCCAAGCAGACAUCCAGUCCUACAUCCAAAUCUUCUCCCCCAAAACCUCCACCCCGCAAGCCCUAAAAUCCCACCUCGCAAACGCAAAAAAGUCCUCCCUCCGCUUCCUCUCCGCCUCCCACCUCCUCGCGAACCGCUACAUCCAUCCAUCCCUCCCCAACCUCGACGCAAUCCCAAAAUGCAAAAACCCCCAAACCUCCCUCCCCCCAAACCCCUCCCUAGACUUCUGGUCCUGGUCCGCCCUCUCCCUCCAAUACGCCGGGCCCCUCCCCUCCCAACCCCUCCAAUCCCACCACGUCCUCCCCAUCCUAAUGCACCACUUCGGCUGCGCGACCCCCUCCCACGAAGCCCUCUCCAUCCUCCGCCUGCUAGCCUUCGGCCGCGCGAUAGCAGACAUCGGUUCCGGGAACGGGUACUGGACCCACAUGCUCCGUCUCUACAACCUCACCGUCUAUCCCGUCGAUAACCUGCAAUCAGAAUGGCGGACAAACUGGGUCUCCGAUACAAUCCCCUCCGACGGCGUAUCAUUCCUGAAAUCACACGAGGGCGGGAAGGAUAUGGUGAUGUUGUUAGUCUACCCCGUCGUAGGCGGGUCCGUGGCAGGCGGUACGGAAGGGAGUUUCACGCGCGGGCUGGUGGAGGCCUACAAGGGCGACACGAUUGCCGUCGUGGGCACGCAGAAUGGGAACGGGUACACGGGCUUCCGGGGGAUGACGAUGGCGGAGUAUAUGGCGAGGGAACAGCCUGAGUGGAUCAAGGUUGUGCAGAUUUCGCUGCCGAGUUUUGCUGGCAAGGAUGAGGCGUUGUUUGUUUUUCAGAGGGGGAAGAGGGCGCCGCCGAGGGAUGAGGGCGUUGCUGCCAAGGAUGCGUAGAUGUAGAGAAGUGUACAAAGUGGUGUUCAACAGUCAACUUGACUUUUCAUACCAAUGUCACUCACAGUACGCAGCAGACAGACGUAAACCGAAAGA